AUGCGCUGGGUGCUUGCUGCAACACUGCCUGUCAUAAUGACGGUUGCGUUUGGAAAAUGGCGUGGCAUGAACCCUCGCAUCCUCUGGUACAGAGCGUCUACCUCAUUGCGCGCGAUGACCGCGAUCUACACCCUUCCAGAGCAGGAUGUUAGGGAUUUCUUGGCCUCGUACGAGCUCUUCGAGCAGGAGCGGGUCUCAGGGAAGAACGAUUUCGAGAACACUGUAAAUUACUACAAGGUUCUGAACCACCUGUGCGCCGUGGGAGAGGUUGAGAAGAUGUACAUCCCACCUGUGGUGGAUCCAAACCUCAACAUCUUUGACAACCAGCUCCUCUGGGAAGAGGCCAUGGCGGAUAGCCUAGAUCUAACCCCUGGGUCUCGAGUUCUUGACCUUGGCUGCGGCCGUGGUCGGGUAGCGCACCAUGUGGCCAGCUACUCUGGUGCCCGAGUUACCGGGAUAAACAUUGACAGCACCCAAAUACGCAUGGCACAGGACUACGCCAACAUCACAGGCCUCCUUGGCUCACAGCUUAGCUUCGUGCACGGGAAUUUCAACGACCCUCUUCCCUUCCCAGACGAGACCUUCGAUGCCUUGUAUCAGGUGCAGGUGCUGACAUACACCGUGGACCCUUUGAAGCUCUUCAGGGAGAUGUACAGGAUCUUGAAGCCUGGUGCCAAGAUCGCCUUUCUCGACUGGGUCCAACUCCCAGGCUUCAACUCCACGGACAAGCUGCAUCUGGAGCUGUUGAAGAAGGUGAAGCCCUUGCUGGGUGCUGUGUGGACUCCAAAGCCCAGUGACUUUACCGUGCCCUUGAGAGAGGCAGGUUUCCAGGUUCUUUCAAGCCAGGAGGCCAGUAUCACCGGGGGCCAGUACCAGUUGAUCCAGAAAGCCCAGAGCUUUUUUGAAACUGCUGGGACACUCCUUAGAGUUCUGGCCAAGAUACGGCUGAUCCCACGGCACUUUGUGACGCUUUGGGAUCGUCUCACCCAGGAUGGAGAGGCUUUUGUGGAGGCGGACAAGCUUGGCCUCUUCACUACCAGCUGGCAAAUCAUCGCUCAGAAGCCAGGGAUUGCCACGGAGGAUAAGCUGCAGAUUGUACAGCCUAAUUAG